AUGGCUCACUGUCACUGCAAUCUCCUCGUCGCCAUCGCCGCCGUCGUGUUUCUUGCCGUCGGAACCGAGGUGUCCGGCGGCGGCAUUGGGUUCAACCUCCACCAUCGGUUCUCGCCGGUGGUCCGGCAGUGGAUGGAGGCGCGAGGCCAUAGCGCCCCCGGCUCCAGCUGGUUGUUGCCAGAGGAGGCUGCGGUAGGCUCGUCGGAGUACUACUCCGCACUGCUCCGCCACGACCGUGCCCUCUUCGCCCGCCGCCGCGGCCUCGCCAACGCCGACGGCCAGAGCAUCCUCACCUUCGCCGACGGCAAUGCCACUCGCCUCGAUACCUAUGAAUACUUGCACUAUGCGGAGGUGGAGGUGGGCACGCCGAGCUCGAAGUUCCUGGUGGCGCUGGACACCGGCAGCGACCUUUUCUGGCUGCCCUGUGAAUGCAAGCUGUGUGUGAAGACCGGCAACACCACGACGGACCAGGCGUACAGCCCGAUCCAGUCGUCGACGAGCAAGACGGUGCCGUGCGGCCACCCGCUCUGCGAGCGUCCGGACGCCUGCGCCUCCGGGGGCACGGGCAACAGCAGCAGCUGCCCCUACGAGGUGAAGUACGUCUCCGCCAACACCGGCUCGUCCGGGGUGCUCGUGGAGGACGUGCUGCACCUCGUGGGCGGCGGCGGCAGCAAGGCGGUGCAGGCGCCGAUCGUGUUCGGGUGCGGCCAGGUGCAGACGGGAGCGUUCCUGCGCGGCGCUGCCGCCGGCGGCCUGAUGGGGCUCGGCAUGGACAAGGUCUCCGUGCCCAGCGCGCUGGCCAGCAGCGGCCUCGUCGCGUCCGACAGCUUCUCCAUGUGCUUCAGCCGCGACGGCGUCGGCCGGAUCAACUUCGGCGACGCCGGCAGCCCGGACCAGGCGGAGACGCCGUUCAUCGCCGGGAGCUUACAGUCUAGUUAUUACAACAUCAGUGUCGGAGCGAUCACCGUGGACAGCAAGGCUAUGGCGGUGGAGUUCACCGCCGUUGUGGACUCCGGCACGUCGUUUACCUACCUCAACGACCCGGCUUACACGUUCCUCACGACCAAUUUCAAUUCGAGGGUGUCCGAGGCCAGCGACACUUAUGGCAGCGGCUAUGAAAAGUUCGAGUUUUGCUACAGAUUGAGCCCAGGCCAAACAAGUAUAAGGCGGCUGCCGGCGAUGAGCCUGACGACCAAGGGAGGCGCCGUGUUCCCCGUGACAUGGCCCAUCAUCCCCGUCCUUGCCAGCACCAACGGCGGGCCGUACCACCCCAUUGGUUACUGCUUGGGGAUCAUCAAGAACAGCAUCUUCAGCACCGAGGACGCCACUAUUGGCCAGAACUUCAUGACCGGCCUCAAGGUCGUCUUUGACCGUAAGAGAUCUGUCCUAGGAUGGGAGAAGUUCGACUGCUACAAGGAUGCUAAGAUGCAAGACGGCGGGAGCCCGGACACUUCUGUUGGGAGCCCUGCCGGUGACUCUGUUCCGGAGAGCCCCGACGGCGACUAUGUUCCCUUCGUGCCACUGCCAUGGGAGAGCAACGCAACCAAUGGACCGUACUACCCCGGCAGGGUGCCCCUGACGUGGCCAGCGUGGUCAGAUUCAGGCAGCAGCAGCAGCCGGGCAUCGUUUGGAGGCCUCCUCUCCUUGAUACUGCUUCACGUGCUGAUUGUUAUAUCUGUGGCUUGGUGA